GAUCUAUAAUCUGCACUCAAUUAGCAUAACAAUACCGGUCUAGCGAGGAGGGAAAAUGUACAAACGGGACGUCGCCAUCGUUCUGCUGGCCUGCGUGGCGCUGCUCGUGUCGUUACAAAACGAGGGCACCUUCACUUUUGAGAAGGCAUGGUUUCACCACACGCAGGAUGAGACGCAGGAGCUCUAUGCUCAGCACCACGAGCUACCAGCGCCGGUCGUGGCUGACCUUAACGGCGAUGGCCAUAUAGAGCUAGUAGUCACCACCCCGGACCUGAAGCUCCAGGUGGUGCAGCCGGCGCCCCCGGGCCACCACGGCGAGGGGUUCGCGCGCGCGGUGGAGAUCAACUCCAUCUCGCUGCUGUUCAGGCGGGCGCUGGUGGCGGCAGGGCACAGGCCGGUGGCGCUGCAGGUUGGCUAUAUUGACCCGCUGCCGCUGGAGCGAGUGCGGCCGCUGCGGAAGCAGGUCAUUGUGGUGGUCACGGCGUCCUGGCAGGUCCUGUGCUUCGACCACAACCUGGUGAUGCUGUGGGAGUACGACGCCCGCGUGCACUUCCCGCACCACUCCCACAUCAAGGAGGUGGCUGUGUACAUCUCGCCGCACCAGGUGCACGGUGCCGACCGCGGCCUGGUGGUGGUGGGCGCCAGCGUCAUGCGCGGCGACGUCGCCAGCGGCGAGGGCCUGCAGUCUGUUGCGGGCGGCGGCGUGAACGGCACCGGCUCGUUCUUCGAGGACGACGACGUAUUGCUGAGCGAGAUGAGGGAGGACGCGGAGCGCAGGAGGCUUAGCAAGGGUGCAGGCCUCGCCGAGCAGCUGUCCGACCUUGACAAGGACGACCCGCUGGCGGGGCUGCCGGGCAGCCGACACUUCAGCUACGUGGCGGUGGAGGGAGGCAAGGGCGCCGUCAGGUGGCAGCACGGCAGCGGCGACUUCCACAAGGACCUGGACGAGCUCAGCAGCGGCCUGGUGCCGCAGCACCAGUACAGGCUGGACGCUGAGAAGCUUGAGGGGCGGCACUUUGGUGAGGCCUCCUGCCGCGACUACCGCGAGAGUGUUCUGCACGUGCUGCCGCACGUGUGGGACCGGCCUGCCGACACACGCCUGAUGGAGGCGCACUUCAUCAAGCACCGGGUGGGCCGCGGCGCCUCCAAGCACGAGCUGGCAGUGCACGGCAGCGCGGGCAGGGGCCUGAAGCAGACGGACGGCGCUGGCAAGGCCCACGCCGCGCCGUCGGGCCUGCUUGCCGGUGGCCUGUUCCGGCAAAAGGUGGGCUCCAAGGCCGGCCGCCAAUCCGCCGCCUCCGCCGGUAACCGCCACGUCGCCGGCGCGCACGGCGGCCAGGCCGCGCACGGCCGCGGCGGCGCCCACCACCACUCCCUGGACGCCGCCGCGCCAGGCGGCGGCGCCGGCAAGCGUGGCGGCGGCGGCGGCAAGGGCGGCAAGGGCGGCCAUGACCACCUUGCGGCUGACGUCAGCACCAAGGGCACCGCCGCUGAAGCGCUGGCGGGCGCGGCGGCGGCGGCGGGCGGCGGCGAGGUGUCGCACGCGCACAACGUGACGGCCAACGCGCUGGUGGCAUUCCUGGAGGAGGGCGUGGAGGUGCUGCACCUGUUCAGCGGCCGCACCGUGUGCAAGCUGCACCUGCCGCCGCGCACGCUGCACGCUGACCUCAACGGCGACGGCGUACUGGACCACAUCUCCGUCUACCACGGCCACACGGCCCAGGCGGGCGACGGCGAGGAGGGUGACGCGCUGCUGCCGGGCGAGCUGCGCUCCGUGAGCGGCCGCGGCCACGCCGUGAGCGGCCGCUGCACCGCGCACGUGCGCAGCGGCAUCCCGCCCUCGGAGACCCUGUUCACGGUCCAGGUGUGCCACACGCGCAAGUUCGGUGUGUCCGCCAGCCGCAACGUGUUCCAGCGCGCCGCCGCCGCCGCGCAGCCGACGGAGCUCGCCACGCCCGUAAUGCUGCCCAUACCCGACCUGCACGGAUACAGCUCGCGCAGGCGCCAGCACGGCAUGCUUGUGUUCAUGACCAACAAGGGCGAGAUGACGGCCGUCAGCAGCGGCGGCGCGCACCUGUGGCAGGAGUACCUGCAGGUGUCGUGGCCGCCCGCGGACCAGAACCCCGACCACGUGGUGCCCACGCUGGCGGCCAUGGCGCUGUACACACACGCCGUGCCCACCACGGUGCUGGCGGCUGGAACCGACCACGCGGUGAUUGUGUCGGAGCACGGCCACGUGCUUGCGGAGCUGGAGCUGCCGGCGGCGCCCACGCAACCGCUGGUGGUGUCGGACUUCAACGGCGACGGCCUCAACGACAUCAUCGUGGUCACCAACAAGGGGCUGUACGGAUACGUGCAGGUGCAGCACCUGGCUGGCGGCAUGAGCCUGAGCGCGCUGCUGCUGACGCUGUUGAUCGCGCUGGGGCUGGUCUACUUCACGCAGCACUACGACCCCAUGGGCAGCAUGGGCUCGGGUGGCGUGGGCGCGGGCGGCGCCAUGGGCGGCGCGGGCGCAGCGCGGCGGUCGGCCAAGCAGCUGCGCAGCACGGACUACGUGGACUGAGGCGCUGGCGGUUGGGACAGGUGUAGCAACCGGAUGAGGAUGACGACGCGGGCGAGGAGGGUCAGUACUACAGCUUAGAAUGGGGCUGCUGAGUGACAGAGUUCGGGACAGGAGUGUGCGCAUGAGCGUACGCAUGAUGGCGGUGGAGCGCAUAAGGGCUUGGGGCCCGGAACCUGCAUGUCAGGGGCCUAUAGGUUGACGUUGGGUGAAGAGGAUAUGGAAUAGGACUGCGCUGGACGCCGGCGUCGGACUGGUCAUACUGCCCAUACCCGGUAACGGGACCAUGCGUGAUUUACGCUCUAGCGACCAGUCAGAGCAGUGGGCCAAGUAAGGAUGGCGGCCGAGUUGAUGAUAUGUUGCAGGGGAGGAUCCUGCGCUGCGCUGGUUAGCGUGGCAAAGAGGCUAACAGGGACGGGAAUUCAUGCCGCGCGCAGGCAAUCGUGGCGAGGGGCUGUAGAUGCCUGCCUGCCGGCGCCACAACGCGCACCUGCCGGGAGUUGAGGUUUAAGCACUGUGCAAGGCGGUGUAAGGUGGUGACAUGCGGUCGGUCGGUCCGAGAGUACCGUCGCAGAUAUGCGACAUGGCCCUGCUCCAAGCAGUUCUGCUCGCUUCAUAAACAGUUCGUUCUAGCGCCUGACCCUCUUGUAAGGUAGCUCCCUGGCUUCGGUAGCA